AUGGCUUCAAAGAAACAUUUAACCCUGGACCAACAGAUGCUAGUCCUGGCCGUCUUGGUGGGCGCCGCCCACGCCCUCCCCGAGGCUCCGGCUCCCUAUGGCGCCCCUGCAGGUCCUGCCAGUUACAACUUCAACUAUGCCGUGAAGGACGCCGGCGGGAACGACUUCGGUCACAGUGAGCGACGGAACGGCUACAACACCCAGGGCUCCUACCACGUUCAGCUCCCCGACGGACGACUCCAGAACGUGGCCUACACCGUCAACGGUGACGCAGGCUACGUGGCCCAAGUUGGGUAUCAGGGUGAAGCCUCGUACCCAGCCUACCAUCCAGCACCCAGACCUGCCCCAAGCUACGGCACAUCCCCUGCCUAUGGAAAAUAA